UUGCUGGAAGGGGAAAAAAAACGCGCAGGAGGGGCUAUUUUCUUUGCUGCUCACUUGAAACUAUCUGGAGGGAGCAACUUGAAGAAGAGGCUCGACCACAGGAGCUGAAAGGGCACGACAGGUUCCUCCAGAAACACAAAGAAAAUGAAGUUCAAGCGACCUUAUUCUGCAGACGAGGGUCUGGACAGGAUGAUCAGUGACUGAAGAGGAGGAUGCUGUUCUGAGUCUCUUUACCUACAAUCCCCCGCCGCUUCACCCCUGUUACUCGUCCACCGCAUUACCUCCAUCAUGAAUCAUACCUCCAGCCCCCACCUAUCCGAAGGUGGCAAGUCGGUUGGAGGUGGCCUGCUGUGCAGCCUGGGCCUGGGAUCUGAUAGGGGGAUCUGCUCCCCGGACAGCCUCACCCACACCCCUAGCCCUACUGGAGGAACGCCCAGCUCCAGCCCCCCACUCCUGCUCUCGCCUGGGCUUGGGGGUCUCGGGUUGGGGGCCAUGGACGGGGCGGGAGGCGACUGGGAGAGCAGAGAGGAGCUGAGGCUCAGAGAGCUGGAGGAAGCCCGGGCCAGGGCAGCCCAGAUGGAGAAGACCAUGAGGUGGUGGUCGGACUGCACCGCCAACUGGAGAGAGAAGUGGAGCAAGGUCCGAGCAGAGCGCAAUCGAGCACGUGACGAGGUGCGUCAGCUGAGGCAGCGCCUUGACACCCUCACCAAAGAGCUGACCAGUGUCCGUCGGGAGAGACAGGAACUUGCCUCGGAGAAUGAGACCCUGCGGCAGGAAGCGCUGCAUCUCCGUGGCGACAACACGGCGGCUCCUGCUCCAGCCGCCGCUUCUCCCGCUUCCUCCCCUGCACACCCCCGUUGUGCUUCCUCCUCCUCGUCUCCGUCCAUCCCCCCCUCUUCCCCGUCUUCCUCCGUCUCUUCCUCUCAGGUCCACACAGACGGAAAGUUGGAGAAACCCCCAGGUUCUCCAGAACCAGAACCAGUAAGAGAUGUCGACUUGGACAGGAAAAGGAUGGGUCAGCAGAAGGACCUGGAACUGCUGGAAUCCGUCCUGUGUCCCAGGAGCCCAGGCGCUGACGCUCAAGAUACCUGGAACAGUCACAGUGGGAGCAGUGAUGUUAAUCUGGCUGGCUCGCGCUCGUCGUCCGGACUGAGCCGGCAAGAACGCAGCAGGCAGCUGUGGGAGGACAUGAGCAUGGUGGAGGAAGACUCCAGCAAACUUAACGCCCUGCAGCUUCGCCUGGAUGAGUCACAGAAAGUCCUGCUGAAAGAGAGAGAAGACAAGCUGGCUCUCAGUAAGAGCAUUGAGAGACUGGAGGCGGAACUCACUCAGUGGAAACUUAAAUACGAGGAGCUCAGCAAGAGUAAACAAGAGGCCCUCAAACAGCUGAACCUGCUGAAGGAAAUGCAUCAGGAUGAACUUGGUCGCAUAUCUGAAGACUUGGAGGAUGAACUGGGAGCUCGAACCAGUAUGGACAAGAAACUAGCUGAACUACGAGCUGAGAUGGAGAGGCUCCAGGUGGAGAAUGCUGCAGAGUGGGGGCGCAGGGAGCGUCUGGAGACGGAGAAACUGGCCUUGGAGAGGGACAACAAGAAACUGAGGGCUCAGGCUGAAGAUCUGGAGGAGCAGUUGGCCAAGAAACGCCGGCAGGCUGCCUCUGCACUCGACACCGACCUCAAGGCCAUCCAGAGCGAGCUAUUUGAGAGAAACAAGGAGCUGGCUGACCUUCGUCAUGUCCACAGUAAGCUGAAGAAGCAGUUCCAGGAGAAGACUGCAGAGCUUGCCCACGCCAACCGGAGGGUGGAGGGCCAUGAAGCUGAAGUCAAAAAGCUGCGACUGAGGGUGGAGGAGCUUAAGAAAGAGCUGGGGCAGGCUGAGGAUGAGCUGGAUGAGUCUCAUAACCAGACCAGGAAGCUUCAGAGGUCUCUGGAUGAACAGGUGGAGCAGACUGAGAACCUGCAGGUACAACUGGAACACUUACAGUCCAGACUGCGGCGGCAGCAGCAGAAUCCCAGCCUGUUUGGGAAGAUGCGAUCGGCUCGGUUCAGUCCUGAAAGCCCAGAUGGUCCCGGCAGUGACGUGGAUGAGGAGGAGGAGAAACUGCAGCUCCAGAUCCCAUGACACACGCACACACACAGGGAGUGAUACAGUGAUUUGUGCACAACAACACCAGAAGUCAUUUAAGGAAGGUGGAUAUCGUUGAAGCCGGGAGAAAACUUUGCAUCUCUGGAAGCAUUUUGUAACACGGAACAACACUGUCCCAACCAGCAUCUGCAUUGUGAGAAACAUUUCAGCUGGAGUCAGAUUAAGCCACGCCUCGUUGGGAUGCAAAUUAAAAACCUCACCUGACUGCUGGCUGUGUCGUGAAUAAAUUAACAAGAAACGCCCAACAGCAAUGUGAGAAGCACCUGGGGACCACGCGCAUAUGUACCAAUACACGCCAAAACUCAAGAAGGUUUGGACGUACUUGUAUCAACAGACAAAGAGCGACACAAUCCAAGUGUGAGUGACAUUAACAAGACAACUGGACUGUGACAGAAUCAAAGGCUGUCCUCACUGACAGACCUACACAGAACCACUCUGGCCUCCAUGUAUGAUCCUUUUACCGUACUCAUUCUUACCUCAUCUCAUAACAAGUAUUACACACAGCAGUACCUACGAGUACUGUUAGUGAUAAGGAGAAGCCCUUACAUGCCCCUCUGAUAUUAGAAGUGUUUAUUGGUAUAUCUCAAGGGAAUAUCAGUUUUUGAAUUCAACCUCCUUUUAAAAUGUUCUGCCACUUUUUGAACCAUUAAGACCGGACACAACAUUUGUGCGUGUAUCCCUUUAAGACCAGCUGAGUGAUGGAUGCGUGUCUGUCUCUUCUAACCUGUAAAUGUGUGUUUUUGUCCCAAAUUUCAAAGGUGUAUUUCUGAUAUAUUUCAAGUUAACCACCAAUGCUGGUAGCACACUACAAAAUGAUAUGCUGCUUUCACUAAGACCAAUACAAAGUAGUAGGCAGCCUCUGGCCCAGCUACAUACCCUACAUACUACAUAUUUACAUACCCUGCUACAUUAGGGUCGUUGUGCUCUGACGCAGCCAUUGCCCUGCACAUAAGUGUGUAUGUGUGUGUUUUUUAUUCUUUUUGUUUUUGUACAGUUUUGUACAGAAAAGAAUAGACUCCUUCAGGAGUCAAAACAAGCAUCACUGCCUCUCAUCUCGUCGUCAUUUUUAAGUGGAUCAGACGACGUUAGCACAGUUAUUCUCAACUCUUGCCUGUAGCCUGUGCGCUUUAAAGUGUUUGUAGCUAAGCGGAUGGGUUCAGACUGGAAUACCACGUCUCACAGUUAAAAACAAACAAACAAAGCAACAACUGUCAGCCUCUUUAUGGGUGGAAUUUUUCCCAUAGCAUGUGCCUCUCCACACUUUGUAUUUAUCUUUCCCCAAUCAAUCUCUGCUCCUCUACAUUGCUCCUCACACAGAGCUGAUGUUCAGUCACACUGUGCAUUAUGGCAUGACAGCUGUAUUGAGGUGGAAGCUAUAGUUUUGCCAUGAAAUAAUAAUAAAAAAGAGAAAGCAGACACUAUUAAAAUUUGUUCAAAUAUGACAGAACCUUUGCCAAAUUUGAGACUGAUCUGAGGCUGUAUUUUAUGAGAUUUGUUUGGUAAGGCUUCCUACACAUAAAACCGUCAUCUGAUAAGUGUACGCAACCAACACAGAAUACGGCACAGGGGACAACACACUUGUUUGAAGGUGACGCUGCAGAGUAGUAGCCACCUUCUACGGUGAAACAUUGUAUAUGUAUUAAACCUGAUUCUUUCACUACGUAGUGUGUUCCCAGCAUGACUGGAGCUGCUCCCUGACUGAGAAUGACCACACGUGAGAGUGAGUUCUAGAUGUGUGUAAAUAAACGUGUGCUAUGUCCAACGUCCUUGUAAAAUGAACAGAGCAUUUACAUCGGUGAGAUCUCUUUUUUUUUUUUAUUAUUAUUAUUAUUGUUUUUGUAAAGAGGAAUAUGUCCACUAAAGACCAGCUUACGUCAGCAUUUGAAGGAACUGACUUUUAAGACAUGGAGUUGUAAACUUGUCACCGAAUCACACAAGGCACAUUAAUGCCAGGUGUCAACAGGGUCCAAGUCAGUCAAUCUGAUGCACAUUUAUACUGCUUAGGAAGGAAGAGAGUCCAAAACUGAGGAUGCUACUAUACUGCAGUGGCUCAUUCACUAUUCCAAGAUUCCACACAUACACGACCAAACUAGAUUUAAAAGAAAAUGUGGCAAUGUUCUUGAAAAUGCCAUAAACAGCUCAUACCUUUAUGACUGUGUUCAUGGUUUCCAUGGACACGAUGAAUGAACAAGGCUGCACAGACUCCGUUAAAAUGCAAUUAUUUAUCAUUAAGCUUUUUUAACAAUUUUUUUUUAUUCUCAUUUAUAAAAGAGGCUGAAAACACAGGGGCAACAUUAACAGAAUAUUUAUUCAGUAUGUUAUGUAAAAAUGAUAUGCGUAUUGGUGGCAGUAAAGUUUCUCACUGCUGAUUAAUGUUUCGCUGCGCAGAUUGAAUACUGUAUGUUGUACUUUUGGUGUUAAGUGAUUGGUAUGAGAUACAUUAUCUACAGCUACAAUCCCCUGGAAGUCUGGAAGUGUAUGAAAAUUUGAAACUAAAUUGUGUAGGAACCCUCUGUACAGACACCAAAACAUUUUGAAUGUGCCGACAUUUCAUGCUGUGUCUAUGCUGGUGUUCAGUACUUUCAAAUACUGUAUUUUACCUGGAAAACAACAAAAUCCUGCAGGUAAUUUCAUCCAGCCGUUUUCUAGUGACUGUAGACCAUUCAGAAGCCAAGACUUCCCUCAAACAAACCUCCUAUUCAACAAUAGGAGCGGGUUUGGGAUCACACUUGGUGCUGCACUGCAGUUUUAAGAUUUUAUUUAAUUGUGCAAAUCUUGGUUGGGCUGAGUCACCCACCUGUAAGAGCGCUCUUUUCUAGCAGUAGAAGGUUGUAGUUGGAGACGCAGGCGUGAAAGCAACUAACUAUUAAUUUUUUUUUUAUCUUCUACCACCAUCCACAGUCACUCUGCCUUGGCAUGAUCUCUGACACUAGAAGGGGACCAAGAACUUUGUACUAAUCAGGAUUUUAUAUUUCUACUAUUUAUGAUGAUGUUAUGGUGGGUUUUUAUAAAUGAUCUGUACCACAGUGGUUUUGUUUUAGUUCUAUAAAUGUCAGCUCUGCAUUCAAA